CGCCAGUACAGCUCGGCACAUCAACGCGCCCAACAGAACGACACGCACACCAACCCACCCACAACCCCCCAACGACCGCAUCGGCACCCCGGCGAGGAACAGGAGGGCCCCGCAAUAAUUAUCGCAGAGCCAGGAAAGAGAAGGCUCCUCCUCCCUCGCCUCCCCCCCGUCGUCCCCGAUAAACAAAGGCCGUAGAUCCGCGUCCUUCGGUGGUUGUUAAAAUCCAGGGUUCCCCAUUCCCUCCUUCCUCCCGAUGCCAUCUUCUCCCUCCCUUCUCGCUCAAUGCUCCAGCACGCUCUGGUGCCACAUCCGCUCCUUACCGCUCUGGGCCUUCGUCCUCGUCGUCCUCCUCCUCGGCGCCGUCCGCCAGCGCCUGCUGCCUUUUCCUUCUCCUCCCCGACGGCCCGCCGCCGCAGUCGUCGCGGAUAAGAAGAGACAGUCACCGUCUCCCUCGCCUCGUCCCGAGUAGGCCCCAAAACCUCGCCG